UUCAACAGAAUGGCCGAACAGCAGCGGGAGCGCGGAGUGGAGUUGGACAACAGUCAGUUCUGCUGUGCAGUAUGUCUGGAACUGCUGAAAGAGCCCGUCACCAUCCACUGUGGACACAGUUACUGCAGAAGCUGCAUUGAGGGAUGCUGGGACCAGGAAAAGAAAAAGGGAAAGUACAGCUGCCCUCAGUGCAGGGAGACGUUCAACUCAAGGCCUGCUCUGCGGAGGAACAACAUGCUGGCUGAGGUUGUGGAGAAGCUGAAGAUGACGAGCACCCAGCAGGCUUCUCCCUCUGCUGCUCUGGCCUGUGCAGGUCCAGCAGAUGUUGCCUGUGAUUUCUGCUGUGGGACCAAACCUAAGAAAGCCACCAUGUCCUGCCUGACGUGCUUGGCGUCUUACUGUCCAGCUCACCUCAAGCCUCACUACAGUGUUGCUGUGCUGAAGACGCACCAGCUGGUCUCGGCUACGAUCCCACUGCAGGACAAGAUGUGUACCAAGCACAACAAGCUGAUGGAGGCCUACUGUAAGACGGACAAGAGCUGUAUCUGCUAUCUGUGCACUAUAGAUGAACAUCAGACACACUGUAUGAGCUCAGCUACAGCAGAGAGGGCUACUGAACAGAAACAGCUGAUUGUGACUCAAAAGAGAGUCCAGGAGAGAUUCCAGGAGAGAGAAAAGGAGCUGAAUGAGCUGAGUCAAGCCCUGAAAAAUUUUAAGAGUUGUACCCAGACUACAGUGAAGUCCUGUGAUAAGAUCUUUGAUGAGCUGAUCUCCUCCAUAAAGAAAAGACGCACUUUGAUGAAGCAGCUAAUCAAAGCCCGGGAGAAGACUGCAGUGGCUCAGGCUGAAGAGCUGCAGCUGCAGCUUGAGGAGGAGGUCACCAAGCUGAAGAGGAGAGACGCCGACCUGGAGGAGCUUUCUCAUACAGACGACGACAUUCAUUUCAUUCAGACUUUCCAGUCUCUCUCCACCUCCUGUGAAUCUCCAGAUUUGCCAGCUGGAGCUGUUGUUCUUCCUCAACGUUCGAUCGGAGCUGUGACUGACCGCGUGUCUGAGCUGAGAGAAAACAUGGAGAAGCUCCUGAAGGACACAUGGCCUGUGAUCUCUGCCACAGUGGGUGCUGCAGAUGUUGUACUGCCGCCUGUGCCAAAGAAGAGAAAUGAGUUUUUACUCUAUUGCCGUCCUUUAACACUGGAUCAAAACUCAGUCUACAGAUACUUGUCCCUUUCACAAGAAAACAGGCGGGUGACUCGUGAACACUAUGAGAAAUAUUAUUCUGCUCACCCAGACAGGUUUACAAAUGUCACGCAGGUGGUCAGUGGCAGUGUCGUACAAAGACAUCAGCAGAACAUAUGAGUCCGAGUUUGGAAAGAACAACAAGUCAUGGAGUUUAGAGUGUUCACCAGGUGGUUAUGUCGUACAACACAACACAAAAAGCG